AUGUCACGCCCGUUCACAACCUACGGGGAUCACUCAACAGACUAUCUAUCCACACAACAUCCCGAUUCAUCUUCUUCAGACUACUUCAAGUCUUCGUAUAACGACGACGUCAGCGAUCUCAUUGACCAAUAUGCGGAGCCGUAUUCAAGAACUUCACGGCAUCAGACUUUUGCUGUAUCGACUGACCCAUUGGACGAUUCAUCUGAUUCACGAGACCGCUCUUUCUCUAUGGACCAGAAAGUAUCAUAUCCGGUUGAUAAAGUUGUAGAGGAUGAUGCCGAACUAGACCCUUCGAAUCAUGACUACCCUCCAACACCGAAGCAGGAGAAGCCGAUCGACACCAGGAGUUGUUGGGCAAAAAUUCUUCCCGACUCCUGGGCAUGUCGACUGUUUGUCCUAACUGUGGUGGUCGAGACCGCAGUGGAUCUGGCCAUCGAGAGUGACUUGUUUGUUCGAUUGCAGGAUGACUCGGGAAAACUGGCAGUAUAUCUCAGCGUAUUCGCACUUGCCCAUAUCUUCCAACUUGUCAUGGCGGUUGAUGCAGUGUAUGCGCGCAAUACUCUGCAAUUUUUGUCUCUCAUCAUAUUCAACCUUCUUUUCCUGCUAUACGCCGUUAUUGAAAUCGGCGAAAUCAAGAACUCGACAACAACUUCCGCCGGCUUUGUACAUGUACCAGUGACUGUUCUCACUGACAUCAUACCUGCCGUCAUAUCCACCGCGGAGAUAGCAUACAUCGGUCUUGGUUGGAAAAUCUAUAACGAGUUCGGCUGGAAGGUUUACAAGUUUCUGGGUGCCGACCGCCGCAUCAAGAAAAUGUAUGCCACAUAUCAGAUCUUCGAAUGUCUUGUCAAGUUCGACGUUUUCUUUUGGGUCGGCUUCUCCGUGCAGUUCAUAUGGUUGGUCCUCCAGAAGAACGAUUGGGAGUACUACGUUACCUGGGCAGCUCUCCCGUUAUCAAUUCUCCUCCUCAUCGAAGGCCACCUUGCUGUGCGUCACGAGAAUAAGUGGAUGAUGGGAACUUUUAUAUUUGGAAGUAUAGGCGCUCUGGUCUAUUUCUCAUACAAACUUUUCCGGGUCCUUCAGUACAGGACCACGCAAUAUGCCUCGUACUGGAAACCACUCACCACGUUCUCUGCAAUCGCAAUCGUCCUUCUCGUCAUCACGAUCAUCUUUUCUGUCUUAGUGAUGCGUAAUUUCGGUCGAGGACUGAAGGCAUCAAUUGCAAGAAGUAAAACUCACACACAAGGACAUGGCUCUCAACACUUGAACCGAGGACCAAUGAGCGCGAACCCAAACCGGAUGAGCAUCGAAUAAAAGCGCACGGACGUAACAGCCACGGACUUGCUUGUAUUCUAUAGCGCUAUUUGCCACUCUUUCGGUUUGACAUACUACCCUAACCUUGCCCCGACCAAGAUCACAUUUGCAUUGACGUGUCAUCUUCGCAUUGCCAUGUUUCGCGUUCUUUAGUUUCUUGAUUUAUAGGUAUAAAUAUUACGAAUAUAUCUGCACGCAUGCCAGUAGCAUGCAUCGCUCUCCGAUCUGGAUCUGGAGGCUUUGUGUUUCUUCUGGUAUUCGUUUUUUUACCCUCCUUUGGAGUUACCUAUGCUUUGUGGAUAUUUUCAUGUAUCGAUGGUAUUACAAGAUUUAC